AUAAACUUGUCGCACAGAAAAGGAAAAUUGGAUUUUCCUUGACAAGCAAGCCUUUUUCAGAGGUUUCUUAACCGAUGGGCAAUUGGUUGCUUCACUUCCAACCCUAACCCCCCCUCAUCAACCAACUUUAUCACAUCUUCCCUCUCCAUUUCCAUCAUCAUCUCCCUCCCUCCCUCUCUCUCUUCCCCACCCUCUCUCUCCUCCGCUCAAUUUCUUUUCUGGGUUAUGGGUCACGAGUUGGUGGCCUUCACCCCCGCACCGCCGCCGCCGCCGCCUCCGACGUCGCUGGCGCCGGGAUUCCGGUUCCACCCCACGGACGAGGAGCUCGUCCAGUACUACCUUAAGCGCAAGGCCUGCGGGAAGCCCUUCAGAUUCGAAGCCGUGUCUGAAAUCGAUGUCUACAAAUCUGAGCCGUGGGAACUUGCUGGCAUGUGUGGUUGUGUGUGUGUGGAGAGCACUGUCUAAUCUGUUUUAUGUGCCUUUAGGGCAUUCAAGGCUAAAGAGCCGAGACCUUGAGUGGUACUUCUUUAGUCCUGUAGAUAGAAAGUAUGGAAAUGGGUCACGAUUGAACCGUGCCACUGGCAAGGGGUACUGGAAGGCCACUGGAAAGGAUCGAGCUGUACGUCAUAAAGGACAGACAAUUGGGAUGAAGAAAACGCUUGUGUUUCAUAGUGGAAGAGCCCCAGAUGGCAAGCGGACUAAUUGGGUUAUGCAUGAAUAUAGGCUUACAGACGAAGAUUUAGAGAAAGCUGGGGUUGCACAGGAUGCAUUUGUUCUGUGCAGAAUUUUCCAAAAAAGUGGUUUAGGACCACCAAAUGGGGAUCGAUAUGCACCGUUUAUUGAAGAGGAAUGGGAUGAUGAUGCGUUGCUGGUGAUUCCAGGAGAAGAACCUGGGGAUGAGAUAGUAAAUGGCGAUGAUGCCCAAGUGGAACGGAUUGAGUUUGAGCAGGAUACUCAUUCCAUCAACAAGGCAGCUCUGCAUCAAACUGAGCUUCCAAACAGUUCACAAAACUUUUCAUUCAUUUGCAAGAAGGAAAGGUCAGAGGAUUAUCCAUCACAGUGCGUAGCCGAUGCAGAACCCAUCUCUUUGGUUCAGAAUAAAAGAUCAAAGCCUGACAAUCCAAACUCAAGCCGUGGAAAUGGAUCAGAAGAUUCAAUUACGACGACUCAUGAUUUCCACAUUUCUACAACUACCUCAACCACCCCCACUACAAAUAUGUCAAUUGGACUCUUGGAAUUCCCAUUGUUGGAAUCUCUGGAACCCAAAGAAAACAACCCAAAUAAAACGCUAACAUUUGACGCAGCUAAUCUUGAGAAGUCUGUGCCACCCGGAUACUUGAAAUUCAUCAGCAAUUUGGAGAAUGAGAUCCUUAAUGUUUCUAUGGAGAGGGAGACAUUGAAGAUUGAAGUGAUGAGGGCCCAAGCCAUGAUCAACAUUCUUCAGUCGCGGAUUGAACUUCUAAGCAAGGAAAAUGAGGACCUGAAAAGGGUAAUUCGAGGCGUUUAGCUACUUCCGGUGCGUAGGAAUAAUAUGAUUUUGUAGUAGUCGUUAGUCUUGGCCAUGAGUAACUUUCAUCAUCAGUUGCAUAUUGGUUUUCUGAAGAAGGAAAUCAGUAGCAGAGCUGUCUGAGCUAUUUAUGGCGCUUAUGUAAUCUGUUUUUGUAGUUCUUUACUGUAAUUCCGUACCCUGAACGGGAUUGUAUCGAAUCCUUUCGCCAUUGACAGAGAACUUGUCUUUUAAAGUUAUUUUGUCAGAAUAAAUUGUUUGCGUUUCUGAUA